AUGGCAGCCCGGACUUUGUGGAUAGUCCUGAUGUGUUCAGUCCUCACCGGGACAGGAUCACAGGCUCAGGAUUGUGGAGUGGCACUACUGAACACAAAAAUAGUGGGCGGUGAGAAUGCCACAGCUGGCUCAUGGCCCUGGCAGGUCAGUGUCCACCUCAAUAUUUCUCAGUUUGUCGGUCACAUCUGUGGAGGGACCCUCAUCAGUGACGAGUGGGUGCUCACAGCAGCCCACUGCAUCGUAAGAAGCUCAACUGAUGUAUGGAUUCUCUAUUUGGGAAGAGAGACUCAGUCCGGACCUAAUGUUCAUGAAGUGAACCGUCACGUGUCACAGAUCAUCGUCCAUUCUGGUUACAAUAGCACAACAUUUGACAACGACAUUGCCCUGAUGAAGCUCAGCCGCCCCGUCACUUUUACUAACUACAUCAGACCUGUCUGUCUUGCCAGUAACUCCAGCCAGUUUCACAACUCCACCCCCUGCUGGACCACAGGCUGGGGCAGAUUUGGAAGUGAUCAACCAGGCGCUGACUCACUGCAGGAGGUCGAGGUUCCUGUCAUUGGAGAAAAGGAGUGCUUUUGCAACUACCGCUUUGUUGUACCGAUCACUGAAGAAAUGAUUUGUGCCGGAAAAGAGAACAAAGGCGCAUGCUUUGGGGACUCUGGGGGACCUCUGCAAUGCAAACAAGACUCAAACUGGAUCCAGGCUGGUAUUACUAGUUUUGGAAUACCUUGUGCCCUGGCCAAUUUCCCUGCAGUCUAUGCCCGAUUGUCUGAGUUCCAGAGUUGGAUCCUGGAUCAAGUGGGGGGAGCGAAUGUUAGCUUUGUGACUUACAACUCCACCGGCACAGACCAAGAUGACAGCUUUGUGUGUCGCACAAAUAUGACCACGAAUUCCACCGCAUCGACUGCAGCAGCUGAGCUUACAUUUGUUGGUGUCUUGGUGACAUUGUUCCAGCAGCACAUUGUAGCACCAUAGCACAGUUGGCACUAACAACUUCUUGAUUUUCUAUUCUGUUGGGCUAUGUUUGCCAUUACAUUUAUUUUUAGAAAUAUUACAUUCAUGUAUAACAUGACACGGACUGUAGUGGAAUUUGUGUGGUGGAGGGGUCAUCAAACUGGAGCUUUAGAUCAGAUUUUUCGAAGCAUGUUUUGUAUUGCACAUAUUUCUUUCCUACUGGCCGAUAUUAAUGUAACUAAUUGCAUUUAAAAUACAUCUUUGCACCAAUCAUUUUCAUGGAUAAUGGUAUAAAGCUUUUACCACAAUAAACCUAAAAAUAAAACAAAUUACUGUAAGUUUUCUCUGUUGGUCACAAUGGGUUGAAAUGGAUUCUGUCAAAUUGAAUCCGUGUAUCUUCCGUUCAAUCUAUAUCCGUUUGGAAAUCAAAACACAGAUAAGGAAAAGUGACCUGUUUUUUUCAAUAAUCAAC